AUGCAGAAGUUCUCGAGGCUCGGCCGCCUGGGCCAGAGCCUUGCUUCGCGCAGGCAAUUGGCCACCGUCAGCGAUGCUCCCCUCUCCCGCAAGGUCGAGAUGACCAACUGGGAGAAGGGCCACUACAUCAACUACCAGAAGAUGAACGAGAACCUCGAGAUUGUUCGUGCCCGCUUGAACCGCCCGCUCACCUUCGCCGAGAAGAUUCUCUACUCCCACUUGGACGACCCCCACGGUCAAGAGAUUGAGCGCGGCUCCAGCUACCUCAAGCUCCGCCCCGACCGUGUAGCUUGCCAGGAUGCCACCGCCCAGAUGGCCAUUCUUCAGUUCAUGUCAGCUGGUCUGCCCUCCGUUGCCACACCCACUACCGUUCACUGCGACCAUCUUAUCGAGGCCCAGGUUGGUGGUGAGAAGGAUUUGGAGCGCGCCAAUGAGAUCAACAAGGAGGUCUACAACUUCCUGUCCACCUCUUGCGCAAAGUACAACAUUGGUUUCUGGAAGCCCGGCUCUGGUAUCAUUCACCAGAUCGUGCUUGAGAACUACGCUUUCCCUGGUGCUCUCCUCAUCGGUACCGACUCGCACACUCCCAACGCCGGUGGUCUCGGUAUGGCCGCCAUUGGUGUCGGUGGUGCUGACGCUGUCGAUGUCAUGGCUGGUCUCCCCUGGGAACUGAAGGCUCCCAAGGUCAUUGGUGUUAAGCUUACUGGCAAGCUCUCCGGCUGGACUGCUCCCAAGGACAUUAUCCUCAAGGUCGCUGGUAUCCUCACCGUCAAGGGUGGAACUGGUGCUAUCGUCGAAUACCACGGACCCGGUACCGAAAGUCUCAGCUGCACCGGCAUGGCGACUAUUUGCAACAUGGGUGCUGAGAUUGGUGCCACCACCUCGCUCUUCCCCUUCAACGACCGCAUGUACGACUACCUUGCCGCCACCAAGCGCCGCGAUAUUGGUGACUUCUCCCGCGAGUACGCCGCCCAGCUCCGCGAGGAUGAGGGUGCCGAAUACGACGAGCUCAUCGAGAUCAACCUUGACGAGCUCGAGCCCCACAUCAACGGUCCCUUCACCCCCGAUCUAGCUACACCCAUCAGCAAGUUCAAGGAGGCCGUCAAGGCCAACAAGUGGCCUGAGGAGCUUAAGGUCGGUCUCAUCGGUUCCUGCACCAACUCUUCCUACGAGGACAUGAGCCGUGCUGCCUCCAUUGCUGAGGACGCCAUGUCCCACGGUGUCAAGGCCAAGUCUCUCUUCACUGUCACCCCUGGAUCCGAGCAGAUUCGCGCCACUAUUGAGCGUGACGGUCAGCUCAAGACUUUCGAGGAGUUCGGCGGCAUGGUGCUCGCGAAUGCGUGCGGUCCGUGCAUUGGACAGAAGGGCGAGGCCAACUCGAUCAUCUCGUCGUACAACCGUAACUUCACUGGCCGUAACGACGCAAACCCCGCCACCCACUCUUUCGUCACCUCCCCCGACCUUGUUGUUGCUAUGACUAUCGCUGGAACGCUCGACUUCAAUCCUUUGACUGACCAUUUGACUGCGGCCGACGGAUCCAAGUUCAAGCUCAAGGAGCCUACCGGCAUGGGUCUUCCCGCCAACGGCUACGACCCAGGCCAGGAUACGUAUCAGGCGCCGCCCGAGGAUCGCUCAUCCGUCUCCGUCGCCGUUUCGCCCACCUCCGACCGUCUCCAACUUCUUGAGCCUUUCUCUGCCUGGAACGGCGAAGAUGCUAAGAACCUCCCUAUCCUUAUUAAGUGCCAAGGAAAGACUACCACCGAUCACAUCUCCAUGGCCGGUCCCUGGUUGAAGUACCGUGGACACUUGGACAAUAUCUCCAACAACAUGUUGAUCGGUGCCAUCAACGCUGAGAACGGCGAGGCCAACAAGGUCAAGAACCUUCUCGACGGAUCUUACGGUGCCGUCCCUGAUGUCGCCCGCAACUACAAGAAGAACGGCGUCCCAUGGGUUGUCAUUGGAGACUGGAACUACGGAGAGGGUUCUUCCCGUGAGCAUGCUGCGCUUGAGCCCAGGCACUUGGGUGGCGCUGCCAUCAUCACCCGCUCCUUCGCUCGUAUCCACGAGACCAACUUGAAGAAGCAGGGUAUGCUUCCCCUUACCUUCUCCGACCCUGCCGACUACGACAAGAUUGGCCCCAACGACCGUGUGACGUUGGCAUCCACUGAGCUCGCCCCCGGCAAGCCCUUGACCAUGACCGUUCACCCCGCCGAUGGAUCCAAGGACUUCCAGGUCAAGCUCUCGCACACCUUCAACGAGGGCCAGAUCGAGUGGUUCAAGAACGGCAGCGCUCUUAACACCAUGGCCAAGAACGCCAAGCAGUAG